ACACACGUGGGUUCGGCAUUGCAGGAGGAGACCAUGCAGGAAUCGCCGCUAAUAGGAUUAUGUGAUGGCAUUAUUGAUAAAAAUAGCACAAAUUAUUAUACAAACAAAGUCGGAGGCUAUCCGGACCUGAUUCCUGGUAUAUCUUAUCCACUUUAUCGGUGCAUUCUGUGUGAUGGGAUCCUCAGUCAUGUUGUUCAGAUCUACUGUCCUCUUGCAGCAUCUCCAUAUCAUCGCACUAUUCAUGUAUUUGCCUGCACAGCUCCACAGUGCUAUAGCAAGCCAGAGAGCUGGUUGGUGAUCCGUUCUCAGUUCCUGGAGAAUGAGAUAAAACAACCCACAGAGUGUAAGACUGUAGUUAAGCCACCAGUUUCCACUACAGACUGGUGUGAUGAGGCUGAUGACUGGGGAAUGGAUGCUGAAAAUAAUAACGAUUCUAAAUUGACUGAUACAGCUACAGCUCAGCCCGUAACAGACGAGCUUACAGCUGGUUUGGAUGUCAGCAGCAGGCUUCAAGGUCUUUGUAUAGAUGAAGUUACGGGUAACGAAACUGCUGGAACGUCUAGGAGUGGACCUACCUUUCAGCCUUACUAUAUCAGCGUGGUGGAGGAGACAGACCUUGUGGGUCAUAAAGACUUGGAGCAUGCAAACAGACUGCUGAAGGAGUAUGAGCAGAGGGAGGGAGUCGCUGUCAGGGAGACUGGCUGCUGUGAAGGUGAAGGAGGACAAGAAAAGUAUGAAAAGGCAGAAGCUAAACAUGGAGAUACAGUGUUUUCAAACUUCAUGAAGAGAAUUACUCUCUGUCCAGAGCAAGUGCUUCGGUACAGCUGGGGUGGGUCACCGUUAUUUAUAGCAGAGCCUCCUUCAAAGAUAAAGAAAACAGUGCCACCUUGUGCACAGUGUGGCAGUCCUAGAAUUUUUGAAUUUCAGCUCAUGCCAGCACUUGUCAGCUUGCUUCACAGUACAGAGUCAGCUUCAGAGCUUGUGGUAGAGUUUGGAACAGUUUUGGUGUACACAUGCAGAGACAGUUGCUGGAUGUCUGGAUCAACCACUGCUGUUAAGGAAUUCCUGUUUGUGCAACCUGACCCAGACCAAAAGCUGUUUAAAUGAUAUUUAUAAGACAAUAAAUAAAUCUUUUAUUUA